AUGGUAAUCGGGCAGAAGGAAGAUGAGUCUAUAAGGCACUACAUUAGGAGGUUUAACAAUGAAGCAAACACAAUCCCAAAAUUACAGCAAGAGAUAGUGGUUAUGGGAUUAAUGAAUGGUCUUAACGACUCGGAGUUUAAGAGGUACUUAACCAGAAAGAAUUUAUCGACACUAGCAGCGGAUUUUAACAAAGCCCAUGAUUACAUAAAAAGUGAAGAACUGAUGAAAAUAAGCAGUCGAGUUGGUUCUGCCGAUAAAGCUCAGCCUAUGUCGGAUGGAGGAUCUUCAGGAGCAGGAAGGCCAAGAAAUCCGGCCCUAGUAAGGGGAGGAGGAAGUCGGUAG